GUAUCUCUCCAUCAGUGUGAGGUUCAACAAGAAAGGAUGCGAAGGGGACACAAACAAGGUGACGCCACGUGAUUCCACCAGCUGUUGCUGCAUGCUGCUGGGAGGAAGAAGAGAAGCAGGAAGAGGAGGGAGAGGAUGAACACACAGCGCACACGCAUGGGAAAUUGAUGCAAGGCUGCUGCUCACGCCUUCUCGUGAUUCAACACGCUAGAUUUCAACUGUUCAUCUCUCCGUUUUCUAGUAAGACAAUAAGAAAGCUCUGUAAGACAAUAAGAAAGCUCUGUGACAGCUCCGUAGAUGGACGCACCCAGCUGAUGAGGCGAUCGAGGGGCGGAUGGAAAUGACAUUUAAAGGCGCUAAAACCGGACAAGCAGACGAUCAAAUCCGCUCGAUCGUACGUGUUUACCGCCACACGGAGAGGAGAUGCCCUUCACAAAUGGGAUAGAUGCGCACGUCUGAUCGUUACCAUGGAUACCAGCACGCGAAAAUUCACAGUAAGGAGAUGGUUUUCCAUUUACCUUAAGAACAAGGCCGCCCGGAGCAAGAACACAGCGGGAUUCUGUCAACUAGAGGAUGACAGCAUACUCAAGGAGUUUGACAUCAGCCACCAUGUUAAAGAAGGCUUUGAGAAAGCAGACCCCUCUCAGUUCCAGCUGCUCAAAGUGCUUGGACAGGGAUCCUAUGGAAAGGUGUUUCUGGUGAGAAAGAUCAGAGGUGUGGACAGAGGACAACUUUAUGCAAUGAAAGUCCUGAAGAAAGCCACACUUAAAGUCCGGGACAGAGUGAGAUCUAAGAUGGAAAGAGACAUUUUAGCAGAGGUCAACCAUCCUUUUAUAGUGAAACUACAUUACGCCUUCCAGACAGAAGGAAAGCUCUAUCUAAUCCUAGACUUUCUCCGAGGGGGGGACCUUUUCACUCGUCUGUCGAAAGAGGUGAUGUUUACGGAAGAAGAUGUCAAGUUUUACCUCGCCGAGCUGGCUUUGGCCUUGGACCACUUACACAGUUUGGGAAUCAUCUACAGGGAUCUCAAACCUGAAAACAUUCUUUUGGAUGAAGAGGGACAUAUAAAGAUAACUGACUUUGGUUUGAGUAAGGAAGCCAUUGACCAUGAUAAAAGAGCAUAUUCCUUCUGCGGAACGAUUGAGUAUAUGGCCCCAGAGGUGGUCAACAGGAGGGGGCAUACGCAAAGUGCAGACUGGUGGUCUUUUGGGGUAUUGAUGUUUGAGAUGCUGACCGGAUCUUUACCAUUCCAAGGAAAAGAUCGGAAGGAAACAAUGGCCCUUAUUCUGAAGGCCAAAUUGGGGAUGCCACAGUUUCUCAGUCCUGAGGUGCAGAGUUUAUUAAGAGCACUUUUCAAGAGGAACCCUGCUAACCGUCUAGGUGCAGGACCAGCUGGAGUGGAUGAACUGAAAAGUCACUGUUUCUUUGCAUCAAUCAACUGGAAUAAGUUGUACCGGAAGGAGAUUAGGCCACCAUUCAAACCAACUGUUGGAAGACCUGAGGACACUUUUCACUUCGACCCAGAGUUCACUUCCAGAACACCCACAGACUCUCCUGGCAUCCCACCCAGCGCAAACACACACCAGCUGUUUCGUGGUUUCAGUUUUGUUGCAACUAAUCAGAGUCAGGAACCAAGUGUGGCCAAUGUUCUACCUUCCCACCAGGAAGGGAAAACCAUAAAUCCUAUCGCACAGCAUCUCCGUGGUGACGUGGCCUUCAGUGACAUUUAUGAGUUGAAGGAGGAAGUUGGCCCGGCACCCAACUCAGCCUACAAGAGAUGUCUUCAUAGAGUGACUGCUGUAGAAUAUUCAGUUAAGAUUAUUGACAAAGGAAGGAAAGAUCCUGCUGAAGAAAUUGAGAUUCUUUUAAGAUAUGGACAGCAUCCCAACAUCAACCCAUUAAAGGAUGUAUUUGAUGAUGGCCAUUGCGUGUACCUGGUUCAGAAUUUGUUGAGAGGAGGCGAGCUGCUCAACAGAGUGUUGACCGUGCCAAAUUUCAUAGAGAAAGAUGCAUCCGACAUCAUCUGCACACUGACCAAAACUGUAGAGUAUUUACACUCCCAGGGGGUUGUGCAUCGGGACCUGAAGCCCAGUAAUAUUUUCUACACUGAUGACAGAGGACUCCCAGAAUGUCUCAGGAUUUGUGAUUUUGGUUUUGCCAAACAGCUGAGAGCUGAAAAUGGCUUACUAAUGACUCCAUGUUACACAGCAACAUUCAUGGCACCAGAGGUUCUAAAGAAGCAAGGUUAUGAUGCAGCAUGUGACAUUUGGAGCUUGGGGAUCCUAUUGUACACCAUGAUUGCUGGUUUCAGUCCAUUCGCCAGCAGUCCUGAAGAUUCAGCAGAGGAAAUUCUAGCUCAAAUUGGCUGUGGUAAAUUCAUCAUCAGUGGAGGUAACUGGGACCUGGUGUCAGAUGCUGCUAAGGACAUUGUCACCAAGAUGCUCCAUGUGGACCCACAUCAGCGGCUGACUGCACCCCAGGUCCUUCGCCACCCAUGGAUUGUAGGGAGGGAUCAGCUCUCUGAUAAAGUGCUCACAAGACAAGAUGUGAUUACUGUUAAGGGGGCACUGUCCGCCACUUAUUCUGCCUUGAGGCGCUGUGCUCCAGCUCCGGUCCUCGAACCAGUGCAGUCCUCCAGCUUGGCCCAGCGGAGAGAAAUGAAGAAAGUUGGGAGUACUGUCAUAACUUCAGACCUUAAAGAUAAGGGGUAGAAAAAGCAAACUAAUACAAUAAUAUACAAAAGUUAAUGAAAUUUUAUUUCAUGCUUGCCUCUGGAAUUAGAUAAUGUUCCUAAUAAUAGAUUGCAGUGGCCUUUGUCAGAUACACCAGUUCGCUCUCAGUUGCCAUUCAUCAAACGACACACAGAGCUCUUUCAUAAUGCACAAUUUAACGGAUCCACUACCCUGCAUUGAAUCAUACUGAGAACUCAACGUUUUGGAUAUAUUAUAAUAGCAUUAUGCUGUAUGAGAUUGAAAGAAAUGAUGUAGAAUAUCAUCAGGUCACCUGAUUUUUCUGUACCUCAUACAUGUUCAGUGAAAGUAAUAACACUUUUCAGUACGGUAUACAGUAUUUCACAUAAUUUAUAUCAACUGACAUGGAUUGGUAGAAAAGCAUUUUCCAAGGAUGUCUUUUAAAGAUGAAUGUUUGCGAUUGGUUUGGUAUUUAUACAGCUCUGUACCAAACGUAAAGUGAGUUACAGCCCUUUUUUCAUCCAUUUUGGGAAAGCUCACCUGACCUGGUGUUCAAAAUCAAAAUGUUAAAUGAACAAUAAAAUAAAAUACUCUGCAUUAUUCUUAUCUACUCAUUUAUAUGCAGACACCCUUUGCUUAUUUAAGUGUAAAUAUGCAAGCUGAACUGAGUUAAUGGCACCAGCACAGUCGUAUCAAGCUCAAUUGUUAGUUUCUGUGGUUGUCCUCCUUAGUUUCAAUUUAGGACUCUGACAAACAAAAAACAAAUAAGUAGCCACUAUUGUCUUAUGGACUGAGAAGGUAUUACAUGAUUAAACCAAGUGUGUCGUGUUCGUUUAUGACAUUGUUAUUUGGCAUAAAAGUAGUCAUAGCAAGCAUGGUUCUACAGUGAACAACAUUUUUUUUUUCAAUUGCUGUGUGUGUGAUCAGUAAUGUCAGCCAUUAGGCUUCUGUUUGCUAGUAAGUUUUGAACGCUAAAACAAUUGUGCACGAACUCUUCACACAAACUGCUAAUUGCUGCGGCAGUGAGUGUAAAUAACGUGAAUGCAAUCACAAAUACGAGGUAAGAUGUAAGCCGUUUUUGCAGUAUGAGUUACAUUCUUUGCCGUCCAACAUGUCAGUAGAAAUGUAGAUCAAGAUCCGCACAAUCACAAUGUCUAAUUUGUACCAAUUAAAAAUUGUUGUGAUUAUUCUAGAUGAAUCAAUUUGCACUAUGGCGCUAAAAUCAGGUAGCGUUGUGCCAGUCACGACUCAUACAAAAUAUAUUGAUGUGUUUUACUGGUCAAAACACACAUGCGGCAAUGCUGUAAAUAUUGUUCAUUCAUUUAGUACAAAUCACCAGGACAAGGUUCAAUUGUGUUUAAUUUGUUAAUGUACUGCAAGACAUUUGUGUGUGCAGACUGUACAUAUUACAUUGUAACAUUCAUCUAAUAAUGGGUGUAGAUAAAUACCUGGCUAAUCAUUUAAAUGGUUGGUUAAGAUGCCAAAGUUUUACAAAUAAAGGAGAUUACAAACUGCAGUAUUUGUCUAAAGUAUG